CAAGAAGGCUGAGCAGUUUGCUGUUACCGGGCACCGGAGCCGCAGUUCUCCCCACACUCUUGGUCAGUCAUGUUCACAAGCAGUACGUGCUCCCACGGAAAUGGGGAUUUUGCCAACUCCUUCCCCUCCACAGGGCCUCAAGCAUUUUUGUGUGUUGAUAAUUCUGAAAGCACUGUACCGGCUUUUGAGCAUCUUGUCAAGGACACAUCAGGAGGGAACCUCAGUACCAGCUGCGCCACCUCUCCUCACUCUCCUUUUCUCUGACUUUGGAAAAUGCAUUGAUGGGAAAUGGCAUGGAGAGUUCUUUGGAAUUUAUCUUCAUGUGAUGCUGUAAAGAUGACAAUCAUUCGAGAUGCUCUCUCAACCUUAACAAACACUGUGAUCGUUCCACAUUCUGGAUGGAAUAACUCUUCUUUUGAUGAUGAUCAUAAAAUUAAAUUUCAGACAUCACUCGUUCUACGUAAUACAACAGGUUGCCUGAGGAACCUCAGCUCCGCAGGGGAGGAAGCCAGGAAGCAAAUGCGAUCCUGUGAGGGGCUGGUGGACUCGCUGCUGUACGUGAUCCACACGUGUGUGAACACAUCCGAUUACGACAGCAAGACUGUGGAGAACUGCGUGUGCACCCUGAGGAACCUGUCCUAUCGGCUGGAACUGGAGGUCCCACAGGCCCGGCUGCUGGGGCUGAGUGAGCUGGAUGACUUACUAGGAAAAGAGUCUCCCAGCAAGGACUCAGAGCCAAGCUGCUGGGGGAAGAAAAAGAAAAAGAAAAAGAGAACACCACAAGAGGAUCAAUGGGAUGGAGUUGGUCCUAUCCCAGGAUUGUCAAAGUCCCCCAAAGGGGUUGAGAUGCUGUGGCAUCCGUCAGUGGUAAAACCAUAUCUGACUCUUCUAGCAGAAAGUUCCAACCCAGCCACCUUGGAAGGCUCUGCCGGAUCUCUCCAGAACCUCUCUGCCGGAAACUGGAAGUUUGCAGCAUACAUCCGGGCGGCUGUCCGCAAAGAAAAAGGUCUGCCCAUCCUUGUAGAACUUCUGAGAAUGGAUAAUGAUAGAGUUGUUUCUUCGGUGGCAACUGCCUUGAGGAAUAUGGCGCUAGAUGUUCGCAACAAGGAGCUCAUAGGUAAAUAUGCCAUGCGAGACCUGGUCAACCGGCUUCCCGGCGGCACUGGCCCCAGUGUGCUGUCUGAUGAGACCAUGGCGGCCAUCUGCUGUGCUCUGCACGAGGUCACCAGCAAAAACAUGGAGAACGCCAAAGCUCUGGCCGACUCAGGGGGGAUAGAGAAGCUGGUGAACAUAACCAAGGGCAGAGGAGACAGGCAAGUGCAAGGAGAUGGAGCGCAAGGCUCUUAUUAGGAUUGUCCUGUGAUAAGGGCCUUUGAGAAGGAUAUUUCCUACUGGAAAGGAUUUAUUCCUGCAUUUCUUACACACCAAUAAGCUAAAGAGUCUCCACCAAUUAAAACCUGUUUUAUUGAGAAGGGGCAUUUGCAGUCAUGUGGCCCCUUUUUGGAUAUUUACUUGGUUCUAACAUCCCUACAUUCAUUUUUGUCUCUAAAGCCAUGUUUGCUUGUGCUGACCCUGGGAAGAAUUCGAAAUACUAUGAUGAGGAACAUCUGCGGGCACCUUCCCUUUCACCUUUGACUCUACUCCAAACUCUAGGGCCUGUUCUGCAAGAACAUCUUAUUGAAUCCUCAGUUCUGGGACUGAUUCCUCUGCCAGUUGCCCAAAAAGUAUUAAAAUCACUGCUCUGAGCAGGGCCUGCUGUGUGGCCUCAGGAUGUGCCCUGGGCUGGGAUUAUACAUUUCCCUUUGCUUCUGGGUGACACCUAAGUGAUGAAGCAGCAGAAGUAGGGAUUAGAGGGGCGCCUGGGUGGCUCAGUCAUUGGGCGUCUGCCUUCGG